AGUCAUAGCAACCAGCAUGGCGACGGAGAAGCUUUACUUCGGCUGUUGUUUGCUAAUAAGCUAGCUUGUACGGGACGUUACCUUUGCUUAGCCUUGUUUUUUAUUGAAAAACUGAAAUGUUAAAAGUUACUGUAUCUUCUCGUAGAGUCCAGACUGCACCUAAGCGGUCUCAGCGUACCUCUGUGGAAAAUGGGACACGCUGAGAGGGACAAUAUCAUGGAAUCGAGAACAGGUACUCUAUUACUGUUAGCAUUAGCCGGCUAUGAGACUGGUUAAUCGGCAGAGAUCCGCUAACUAGAGAGCUAGACAGCUGCGUGAAGAUUAACACGUGUAUGUGUCGAAGCUUAUCUACCUACACAAUAAACAGCCUUUUUCUCUCAGCAUGUAUUGUAAUGUUUUUCUGUUAACGCUGUCGAGUUAUAUAUAUAAAGGUAUAUAUAGGGGAGAGUGGGGUAAGAUGAGCCAUUUUUCAUAAUUCGGAUCACUACAUCAAGGCAAUCAUAGUUUUGUCUUUAACUAAUGUAUCUGUAUAUAUUUUAACAUGUUGUGCAUCCCAAUACCAACAGAAUGAGUGUCAACAUAACUGUCUUGAUAAUCUAGCAUGGCAAAAAAGUGGUCUCCUAUUGUCAACUUACCCCAUGUAUGGGGUAAGAUGAGAUUUAGAGAUUUAUAUAGAUAUUUUUUUCUAUUUAUAACCAGAGGCGGAGAGGGUGUUAAAAUAUACUUAAUUUUAUUGUACUUUUGCAUAAUAUAUAUUUGAUCAUACAGAAAGCAUCACUCAUACAAUAAAUUAUUUAUUUAUUUAGAUUGCUCUUUGGGGCCCCCCUAUUGGUCGUGGGACCCUUAGCAGGCGCUUAGUUCGCUUAUGCCUUGGGCCGGCUCUGAUCAUUGGCCAACCGCUGUUCAUACGGUCUUAAUGAAAUGUGCUAUGAAAUAUGUGUGUUGUUGACCUUGAGGUGUGUAACUACUGUAGCGAACCUGUCCAACAGAACAAAUAAAGCCUUGUGGCACAUCAGGUUCCUUCUUAUCAAGUUAGACGUUACAUUGUUCUGAUUAAAUAAAAACAACCCAUGAGUAAAUGGAAACAUUCAGUGGAAAAGUGUAAAUCUAACACUUGCAAAAUAAAACACAAUCAUAACACUAUGUUCAUUUUCAGGGAGUGCCUCAUCUAGACCAGGGUCCAGCCCUCGUGGGAGAGAUCAAACUCCUAGCCGUAAGUAUUAAUGUGUGCUGCUAUAUUAUAAUGCUGAUCAAAAGUAUGUUUUACUUUGUUCCCUAAAUUUUGUGUUUUUUGUUUUUUUUUCAGCAUUCUGUCCCCGCUCCUCCAGCAAGUUAACACAGUCCAUCGUAAGAGACCAUAUGAUGUCUCAUUACAAAAGACUCUACUCCGCUAAAGGUGAGCUUUGAAGGAAGAUUCAACUGCAACAAUGUUCAACUUCUGUUUGCAUGCAUGAUGAAGUGAAUAAAGCAUGUAUCUCUGUAGCACAAAAAUGUGACUAACAAUCUGGACCUCUCCUUAAUUCAUAGCUGCCAUUGACACCUCGAGGCCCAAAAGCAUGAUCCAUAGUGUGAAAUGUAAGUACAGAAGUAUUAUAAGUUGCCUCAGCUCAAAACACCUUUUGUGUUAAAAUAAGGGGGUAUUUGCCGGGUUUAGCAUAUUUCUGUAAACACACCCACAAUAGGUUUUAAUAAUUCCCUCCUAACUGAACACUUAGACCUACCAUUUAGUCACCCUGGAGGAUGUGAAACAUCGUACAGGCAGAAGCUAAAUGCUGCACGAACAGUAGGCUGGAUAAUCAAUAGUGCUCUGCCAUUACUCAGCAUUUGUGUAAGGGCUGCAACUCAUUGUCUUCCUUGCUGUUCCUUGGAAAACCCAUCAUGUUCUAUUCCAAUGACGUGCUACCACAAUAGCUCUCUUGACACUCAUAUUGUGUACCUCAUAAUUAAGUUUAAUGAAGCUUUGCCUUCUUUCCUGGGUGCAUCUUAGGACAAAUUUUUUAACAGAGUAGCCUUCUCAUAGUGUUGCCUUUGUGAGAAACUGCUUUGGUUGUUUUUAUGGCGGGUUGUUCUAGAUAUUUAUGUUUAUAUAUUUGGUUGUCUUUGCCGUGAGGUGGGAGAACAGUUUCUCAUCUUUUUAGUAUACUCAAGGAAAAUUACAAAAUUAAUCUUGUAGUUGUUGUAAUAGCUGCACAGAUUUAAGAGGGUUGUUUCCUGUGUCUACUCAUUUUUCAUUGCCGCUUUGCAGACAAUGAUCAGAUCAGACAGGAACGGUUGAGGAAAGGUGGUCGUCCUCAGUCGGCCCACUCCCUCUCACAGAGGAAUAGCAGAGCCUCCUGCUCCUCAGCCCAGGUGAGAACUCAAGGCUGUAUUUCUCGUAUCGUCACAUAUGUUAUGCAGCAGUCUUUGCAUUAUCUGAUCACAAAAGCUGACAACAGAAGGCUUUUAUUCAAAGUCUGCAUUGUUUUAUCUUUACACUCUUUCAGAUAUAAAAUCUCUCUCACUUUAUGCUCGCCUUUCAGAGUAGAUUAUCAGCACACUAUGAUGACAGUCCCUACCUCUCAAGAAGUUCUAUGUUCUCCAGCCCAAAGUUGAAUACUUCCUUUAAUACAGAAGACAUAGUCUAUCCGUCAAAGGUCAGACCACACAAUCAGCAUCAUUACAUUCGCCCAGCAUCGGAGAUGAAGUACCGCAGUCCAGAGGCCACCUUAAACAGAAGACAGUCAGCCUGCUCACUCGUAGCCCCUGGAGAUCAGAGUUCCGACAAGGCUUUCCAGGACCCUUUUCAGAAGACAUACAGUGGGGACUUGCUCAAGAAACAUUCACAACACUUUACCCAGGAUAAACCGUUCACUCCUAAGACCCUAAAGUCAGACAAGAGUUCAUAUCUGUCAAAAUAUCGCUACUACAGAGCACCACUGUGGAAAACUAAUGAGAAUGCCACUACAUCUAGAUUGCUGCGACAGGAGACUUACCAUGGAAGGUGAUUAUUAAACAUGUCAUUUGAAGAAGCGGUAACUAUGUGUCUUUGAAACCAUGUCAUUUGCAGCAACUGUUUAAUACUACUUUCUUGUUUUUGCAGCACAAAAACCAAGGAAAACAUACAGGAAUUAUAUUCAUCAGAUCAGGUGAUUUUAGUUUUGAUUAAGAAAAAUGUUGCAGUUGACCCAAAAACACUGAUGUCCUAAUGUGUUUUCAUUUCAAAGCUAUGAGUUUAAUUGUGAUAAUGCAUUAAGACUUUAUAACUUGUAAAGCUUUAAGUAUUUGACAGCUGUGAAUAAGUUCAGUACCUGUUCUCAUUCUAUAGUCAUUUUCAUUUGACAGGGGUUUAAUACUGAGCGUGAGUGGUCUGAGGAUGGUUUCAGUGCCGCACGUCUCUCAGCAGCCAGUCGGGCAAACAAGAGCAGAGAUGAUUCGUUCACCUCAUCCAGGUAAAGUCACAAAGAUGAAGAACUUUCUUGCACUUUAAGCAUAAAAGAAUACCUUAAAUAAUGCAAAUUACAACUUUUAGGGUGUCACCAGAAAGAGAGAAAUCUCCUUCUAUGAAGAAUAUAACCUCAGAGUAAGUUGUUUUUAUAUUCUAUUUAGUGCUAAUAUAGCUUCUAAUUGACAGUCAAAAACUAGGUAUUUACAGAUUUUUUAGUGCAAUGUAUCACCACAAUCACGAUAACCAUCUCAUACACAUUUUUUUUUAUAGAGAAGAAGAACUGAUGUAUCUAGAGUUCAUCUCUGGUGUCACAGAGGAUAUCUUGAACAGAGCACACAUUUCUGAUAGGUUUGUAUAGAUGCUACAGGUCUAUGUUAUGCGUUUGCUCAUCUCUGAGAAAAUUAUUCACCAAUAGAUCAUGCCUAUAACUCAGUGUCUUUGUCCUCUAAAAGGGUCUUGGAUCGGGUGAUGGAGCGACAUAUUGACAUGAAUCGGCAUUAUCUUGAUGAAGUGUGUAUAAAACUGCAAAUUUCCAAAUGUUUUCAAACAAGUCAGAAAUGAAUGAAAAGUUUCUAAAACCCUUUCUCAUGCAUCUGAUUGUUUCGUUUGAUUAAAGGGUAAAAUGCGCCACCUUCUGGAGCUGCUGCGUAAAGAAUUUGAGGAGCCAACCAGCACAUCCCACACUGGAACAGAGCCUGAAAAAGAGGAAAUUGGGCUGUUCGACGCCCUCCUACCACGUGUGGAAUCAGAGAGGGAAGAGGCCAAGACUGAAGAUGACCUGUUUCUUUAUGAGUCAUUAAGGAAAAAGUACAAUUUGCCUGAGCUUUCUGAUUCUUUGUUGAUGUCGCCACCCUUGUGCUCUUCUGAAAAGUCUGCAUCACCACCCGAAACAAAUGGCAUAGAUGGUGAAAGUGACAACUUCAACGAAAGUAUUAAUACCUCUUGGCUCAGUGAGCAAGUUCCCGAUAAUGCAGCACUUACAGAAGAGGACUUCCAUCAAAACCAAACAGACAAAACUGCCUUUAAUGAAGAAAUCAGCAAUGACAGCCAAGAAUGCAACUCUGAAAGCAGUGACAAAGCAUAUCCUGAGGACAUGGCUGAGGGCAAGCACAGCGGACAAUCAGAAGAGCUUGAUGAUCUGGGAAGAAGUUUGUCAGAGUCACUUCACGUGUCCAGUAGUAUACAACACAACAACCUGGAGACUACUGAGCAACACGUGAACACAGCUGCAUCUGUCAGUGAUGAUGAGUUCUAACUUUUGCUGCAUUCAGGGACUGUUGUUACUGUUUUGUUACUGAGAGUGUUUUUAUAGAGAGAACUUUCAGAGUACAGUUUUCUUAAUGUGAUUGUACUCUCAUUUUUCUUACAACUUACCCAUUGUAGUUGUGACCUUUUUAUGUCUUUACAAGAGCACAAUGUAAAAGGUUCUGCAAGUGUAUCACAGUCUUCUUCAUUUUCUUUUCAGGGAUGUCACAAAGUUAGUAGAUACUUGAGCCAUAGUCAUGGAGCCUGAAGGUACUGCUCCAAAAUAUGUUAUUCUUUGCCAGAUGGUGAUUAUUAGCAAAUAUAGAAGGAAUACAUAGCACUGAACUGAUGUCUAGAACUAUUAAUUUAAUCUAGUUUGGAUAAAAUGAACAGAAAAUGGUGUUAGUGUCAGUGAAUGUUUACUAAAUAAAAUCUCUUCUAAAUCUCUGUUUAGAUUGAGAUAUUCCUGACAUCAAGAUACACUCAUUUUUGGUUUGUUUGUUUGUUUUACUGUCACCAGAAUGUGUCUUUACAACUGCAAUAAAUUAUCAAUUCACUGUUU